CAAUUAACCACCGAAUCAAACGGUAUAAAUUUGUAAACGUGGUCCAAAAUGCACGAUAUAAGAUGAUGAUGAUGAUGAUAAGCUGAAUUAUUCAACAUCAAUGGCGAACGAGAAAGCUCAAGAAAUGGCGAAUCUAUCUUCUCAAAUCUGCAACCAAAUCUCAUCUGUCUUCACAAAACCAACCUCACCAUAUCCACCACCGCUCGAUCUCCUAGUAACAGAGCUUACCGCAAUCUCCCGCAACCGCAACAACUCUCGUAUCUUCCUCUACGGUGUUGGACGCGAAGGUCUAAUGCUAAAAGCCUUCGCGAUGCGUCUCUUCCACUUUGGUCUCCCCACUCACUUAGUCUUCGACAUGACAACACCUCCAAUCUCAUCUUCUGAUCUCUUAAUCGCUUCAGCUGGUCCUGGAGGAUUCUCAACCGUCGAUGCGCUUUGCUCUGUAGCUAAAUCGAACGGUGCUAAGGUUAUACUUAUUACUGCAGAGCCAGCGAUAGGUUCUUGUGUGAAACAUGCAACGGAUGUCUGUUAUGUACCUGCUCAGACUAUGGCGAGUGAUAACGGUGGUGGUGAUUCGGUGGAAAUGGGAGAGAGACGUUUAUUGCCGAUGGGGAGUGUAUAUGAAGGAGCUUUGUUUGUGUUGUUUGAGAUGGUUGUUUACAAGUUGGGUGAGGUUUUGGGUGAGUCUUCUGAGUCGGUACGUGCUCGUCAUACUAAUCUUGAGUGACGUAGCAAUUUUGAUUAGCAUGUGCUGUUGUUUUGGUAUUUCGCUUGAGAAAUGGCUGCUGUUCUACUACAAAUUGUUUAUAUUAUACUAUUAAAACAAUAAGAAUAAAGACAAAAUUCUUAUGGAAAUUUAAUAAGGGUUUGAUACAACUAAGAGCAAUUAAAGCCCAUUGGGCCUUUUUACCAA